AUGACGAAUAAUCCUACAGCUCCACCUCGUAAGAAAAAGAAGAAGACGAAGCCUCCAUCGUUUUCAUCAAUUCCGGAUGAUGUUCUUGUGAACAUCUUAGCUCGGAUCUCGAGAUCACACUACCGUUCCCUCUCUUUAGUCUCCAAGCACUUCAACUCUCUUCUCUCUUCACAAGAUAUCCACACUGCUCGAUCCUUGAUCGGUAACACAGACGCUCGCCUCUACGUGCGCCUAUGGCUACCCAAUCCCUCCUCUAGUCAUCGUCAUAGCUGGUUCACUCUUAGCUACCGUCACGGUCAGUUAAGUUUAGUACCCGUAAGAGCACUAUCUUCCUCUUCCUCGUAUUCGCCCGACCGGUCAAACUCAACCACUGUAGCCGUACACUCCGACAUCUACCAGAUAGGAGGAAGCAACGAGGACAAGCGGACCAGAGCCGUUAGAGUUCUUGACUGUCGGAGUCACACGUGGCGUUUUGCUCCGGACAUCAGGGUGGCGAGGAAACACGCUAGGUCUUACUUUUUAGAUGACAAGAUAUAUGUAAUAGGAGGAAGCACAUUGACGAGUUGGUGGGGUGAGGUUUUCGACCUAAAGACUCAGACUUGGAAGCGAUUGCCUAAGCCUCUUAGUGAUGAUGAUGACGGUUACGUCCAUUCGUAUGACAAUGGUGCAGUUUAUGGAGGAAGGCUAUACGUUUUCACUAUGGACAACAACAACAACAACAAGUAUGCAUAUGAUCCGAAAGAGGAAAGAUGGGUAAAAGAGGCGGGGUUUGUGGGUCUAGAAGGUAUAACUGGACCUUGGUGCGUUAUAGGAAAUGGAAUUUAUGCUGAACAUGAGGGUAAGUACACGUGGUAUGACCCAAGGAGUGGGAAGCAGGUAAUGGUGUAUGGUUUGAAAGAUGUGUACGAGAAACGUGCUAAAAAUUACAGAACGAUUGAGUUAAUUAACCAUGAUGGGAAACUGGUAAUUGUAUGGGAUGAAUGGCAUAAGACUCAAAGGGAACACAAGGGUGUUUGGUACAAGAGUGUUUGGUGUGCGGUGAUUAGCUUGGAGGAGGGUUUGACUCCAUUGGGAACACGUAUGCGGGGGAGUGUCGAACAAUGCAAUGUCGUUUUGAAUAGAGUACACAAGUCAUUUAAGCUCACAAGCUGCCAAUCGGUUUCGGUCUGA